UCACCUUGUCCAGCAGGACGGAGAGAGACAGGCGCACCUGACAGCAGGCGUGCAUACCAUGGCUCUCACAAGAGUACAAGGAAUCUCCACAAUGGUUCUCCUGCUUUCAGGGGCCUGCUACGCAGCUGUGGAAGGUCCCUGGUGCUACGGUGAAGAACACUGCGGACCUCCAACAUGGGUGUCCCUUGGCCAUUGUGGCGAGAUGAGACAGUCCCCCAUCGACAUCAUCACGGCCAAAGCCGUCCUCAACUCCACCUUGGACCCCGUCACCCUUUCUGGCUAUGACAACUACAAAAAGCUGCGGGAUAUGAAGAACACGGGGAAAACAGUUAAUGUCAUACUGAAAGACGGUCUCCUGCUCAGUGGGAGUGGCCUUCCAGAUGUCUACACAGCCAAAGCCCUCCACUUCCAUUGGGGAAAUGGUGCCGCCCAGCCAGGAUCUGAGCACUGUGUUGAUGGCAAACGGUACUCUAUGGAGCUACACAUUGUGCAUACCAGGAACAACAUGAGCAUGUCAGAGGCAUUGGAUGAUCCUCAAGGAAUCGCUGUGCUGGCAUUUUUUGUCCAGGCUUCUGACAGUGCCAAGGGCAAGACGGCUAAAGCAUGGGAAUCCUUUUCUAAGAACCUCGAAAAAAUCGCCAAGAAGGGUUCAGAUACAGACAUUAAAAGCACCGUCUCCCUCCAGGACUUAAUGGGUCGCACAAAUCUCGCCCGCUACUACCGCUACAGCGGGUCCCUCACCACUCCCAACUGCAACGAGGUCGUAAUCUGGACUGUCUUUGCGGAUCCCAUUCUGGUGCCCUCCAAAGUGGUAGCAUAUUUCCCACUGGAUCUCCGUACGACAGACUCUUCUGUGGGGCCUCACCUGGUCAACAACUUCCGCCCCCUGCAGAGACUCCACAACAGAACAGUGGAAGCAUCUGCCAUUUUGAAGCCUCGUUCGACCGCCUCCCAAACCUCACAGCCAGUAGCACCCAUCCUGUUCUUCCUUGGCGUCAGCGCUCUUGGGGUCUUACCCAUAUAAAGGUUGUGGAUGGUCAGAACCGCCCAGCGGAGGAGAUGGCAUGAUCUCGUCAGAGGACAAAACUUGAUCACAGCUCUUCCUGCCCCACCCCAAACUCCGAAUCUUCCUCCAUCUACCUCUCAUCCAGCUCCCCAGUAGCAAAAGUCACUGGCAAGUGGCACUAAAAGGGUGGGAGGUGUACAUUUCAGAGAGAGGAUCAGGAGCACAGGGAAGACAGUAAUAGGAGGCAGUGAUUCUCGGUGGGAGGGUAGCCCACUUCGGUUGGCUAUAGCUAGAACUGAGCUGAGAUUUCUCAUCACCUUGAUAAAAACAACUAAUUUUUGAACACCUGAAGUUUAGAAGUGUUGAAAAUGUUAAUACCGGAGUUCUCAAAUCCGUUUUCAGGAUGAGACUCGAAAGACCCAUCACCAAACUGUGAGCACUCGGACACAUUGGUGUUCUCUCACCAAAGCCUAAAUCCAACACAAAAAUGAGAACAGUGAUUCCAAUAAACGACAGAUUUGGUUUGGAUGUUGAGAUUUAUGUUUUUGGACACAGAAUUACAAUGUAGUACCCACCCACCCCAAAAAAUGUCUUUCGACUCUAGUUGUAGCAGGAAGAGACAAAAACUGUGAAUCUCAGAGCCCAGUCACACAUACAUGGACAUAAAAUUACAGUGACCCAGAGCGCUCAUUCAAACAUGCAUUUACACCACAUCAAACUUUCAUAAUUCCCAAGUGUUACUUUAAAGGCACUAACUUCCCAACAGAGUCUGUUCAUACCUGCUGGUGCCAUUUGGCAUCAAAUGUUGCGUGGUGUGCUUGCUUGAAACACUCCCUGGUACUUUUCCCAUAAUGCCACAGGACAACAGUGGCACAUUCUGAGGUAUUGUCAUGGUGUUUGGUAUGUGUUUUAAAAUUUCCCCUCAAACGAAAAACUGGGGCAAACAUCCCCCUUUUAACUACCUCAUCUGGCUUCUUUUUUAAAUAUUCUCUUUGUUAGAAGAUAUUCUUUAAUAGCAGGAAGGAUUUCUGUAAUCUUCUAUCAUGAAAAAGUGUAGUUUCUUGAACUUACUGUAAGCCACUCAUUAAGGAUUGGGAAAGAAUCUUUAAAAUGUUAAGUGGAAAUGUUCGGGGGUUGGAAGGUGUGUUAAUAUAACUUCCUUCAUCAUGUUCGGGGGAUCCUUAAUGUGAAAACUGUUUUGAAAAAUUACUGACUUUUAUGAAUAAGCGGUGAUGUACAGGACAAAUACGUGUGCAAUUAAUAUUUUUUGAACGUUUGUGUGGCCACGUUCAUAUGAACAGAGGCACAAAUAGUGAUAAGUAUUUUCUGUAGUAGUUGUGUGGGAUGAUGCAUCUUGUUCUGUGUGUAGUUCAAACAUUCUUAAUAUAUAAGACUACAUAGUUCUAGUUUUUUCCUUUCAAGGUGGAACACA